GUCUUCGGACCCGAUUGCCAAAAAAAAAGAAAGAAAGAACCGGCGCAUUUCAGACCUGAUACAUUCGCAAGCAAAGGCUUGGUCUUAUCGGAAAUUAUGAAUGUGGUAAUAACAUCAACCAUCAACUGCAACUCUCUCUCGCCGUCAUGGAUAAGCGGAGACAAUUCCCCGUCAAAGUUUCAGUCGGGGGAAAUCUCACGGCGGGGCUCGGGUAUGUUCCUGACAUGCGCCAAGAGUAGCCCAGAUGAUUACCACUCAACCCUCAAAUCUCUCAAUUCUCGAGGUCGCUUUCCCAGGAAAUCCCUUGGGCAGCAUUACAUGUUGAAUUCUGAUAUCAACGACCAGCUAGCCUCUGUGGCUGGUGUGAAAGAAGGAGAUUUUGUAUUAGAGAUUGGUCCUGGGACUGGAUCUUUAACCAAUGUCCUUAUCAAUUUAGGUGCUACAGUUCUUGCCAUCGACAAGGAUCCUCAUAUGGUGGCUUUGGUGAGCGAACGAUUUGCAGGUUCUGACAAGUUCAAGGUUUUGCAAGAGGAUUUUGUCAAGUGUCACAUCCGCUCUCACAUUUUAGAGAGUAGAAAGUUAUUAGAUACAGAUUCUGCUCUUGCAAAGGUUGUUUCCAACUUACCUUUCAAUAUAAGUACUGAUGUUGUCAAGCUUCUACUACCUAUGGGUGAUAUCUUCUCAAAAGUUGUUCUCUUACUCCAGGACGAGGCAGCUUUGCGAUUGGUAGAACCGGCAUUGCGAACAUCUGAAUACCGACCCAUCAACAUUUUGGUCAACUUCUAUUCAGAACCGGAAUACAAUUUCAGAGUUCCUAGAGAAAACUUCUUCCCUCAGCCCAAGGUUGACGCUGCAGUUGUAACAUUCAAGCUGAAGCAUCCGAGGGACUAUCCUGAUGUUUCCUCUAGCAAAAGUUUCUUCUCUUUGGUGAAUUCUGCAUUCAAUGGGAAGAGAAAAAUGUUGAGAAAGUCCCUCCAGCAUAUAUCGUCAUCUCCUGAUAUCGAAAAAGCUCUUGGAGUUGUUGGUCUUCCAGUCACUUCAAGGCCUGAAGAGCUUACCUUGGAUGACUUUGUCAAGCUGCAUAAUGUAAUCGCCAGGGAAUAAGAUUAACGAGAAGGACCAUAAGUAUCCAUGUUUUGCUGGACAUGAGGAAGAGACACUAGAUAAUCGAGAAAGACCAAUCUUUAUACAAUCAGGAAUCAGGAAGUAGAACACAGACCUAAUGUUGUUUGUUCUUGUAGAAUUUUCUGUGUAGGAUGAUGAUCUUUGUAAUGUAAAUUUUUGUAGAUUUGUAAUCCCAAAAACAAUAUAGUCUUUAUUUACAAUCACAAAAGAUUAGUCAUUA